AAAGUGGUAGUGAUAAAUGUGACAUCAAAAUGCAGUCUCACACUUUGGUUUCUGAACUUCAACGACAAAAAAGAAUGGAGGAAGCCGAAUUGCUGAAAGAAAGAUUCCAGGCCAUAACAGACAAAAGAAAACUGCAAGAAGAAAUUACACAGAAACGACUAAAAGUGGAAGAGGAAAAAAUGAAACACCAACAUUUAAAGAAAAAGGCCUUGAGAGAAAAAUGGCUCUUGGAUGGUUUUAGUUCUAUGACCUCAAAAGAGCAAGAAGAAAUGCAAAAGCAGAAUCAAGAGGACCAACAACGAACUCAUGAGCUGGAACAAGACAUUUUCAGACUGGAGAAGGAAAUUGAGGCUCUGGAAAGACAGGAAAUGGAAGUCUCAGCUAAGGAAGAAGCAAUUUUAAAGAAACUUAAGUCUGUUGAGAAAACAACAGAGGACAUAAUAAAGUCUGUGAAGACUGAAACAACAGGAUUUGAAAAAGAGGCUGCAGACUACAUAUAUGCCAGCAUACCUGACCUUCCCAAGCACUACAGGCCUUCUGCACUGAGGAGUACAGCACAUGCUGCUCCCACUGAUGAUGAAGAAAAGAGAAAAGCAUUGUUUGCCAUGGAAAUUAAGGUUGAAAGAGACAUGAAGACAGGAGAAAACACAGUGCUAUCAACAAUACCUGUUCCCUCAAAGGAGUUUAAAGAGACUGGAAUUAAAGUCUAUGACGAUGGCAGAAAGUCAGUCUAUGCAGUGUCCUCAAAUGGCAGCACAACACAAAAUGGGAUGGAUGAACUUGCUCCCGUUGAAGUGGAGGACCUGCUACGGCAGGCAACGGAAAAAAAUUCCCAGUCCCCCACAGAGUAUCAUGAGCCUGUGUUUGCAAACAAAUUUUGCAGGCCAGUUACUCCUCAGAAAGAUAAAUUAGUCCCUGGACCAAAACAGGAAGACACUGACAGAAGAGAGAUGAAUGGAUUUAGCAACCAUCAGACAGAAUUCCCCAAAACAGAGCCCUUUAUGCAGCAACAUAAAGAGAAUGGGCUUGAUCUUCCAAAAUCUCCCUCUCCAGUACAACCAAAGUCUCCCUCUCCAGUGCACACUAAUCCUGAGAACAGGAUGAUUCAUAACGAAGACAGAAAAACUGCACGUGAGGAAUUAAAACCUUACCAGCAUACAAGAGAAAAAUAUAAUGAGACAAAGGGUUUAAGUCCCUCCCAUCUUAAUGAAACAUCCCCUGCACCUCAAGUUGAGGAAGAUGUUCGAUACAACAUUGUCCAAGCUGUACCAUGUUACGUGGAUGAUUCUGAACCAGUGACGAUGGUGUUCAUGGGUUAUCAGCGCAUCGAUGAUGACGACGCAGAAGCAGACCAAAAGUUGUCACGAUAUGAUGGAGUCAUCCGCGCAGAAUUAGUUAUCAUUGAUGACGACGAUGAAGAUGGCAGCAAAUCUGAGAAACCAGAAUAUCAUCCCAUAGGCCACUAUAGUCAGGUUUAUCAGCCACCGAGCAGGAAAAGCACAGAAGUCCCCCAGACGAACCCUGUGAGCAGUCUGGGCACCAGCCUGAACAAGGUACCCCACAAAAAUUCCAUCUCCCUGCGAGAACAAGAGGAGAGCUUAAGCUCAGCAACACACCAUGCUCCCCUUCACAGCCAGGUGUCUGGAGACGGUACUGAAGAUCCCUCACUAACAGCUCUGAGGAUGAGAAUGGCAAAGCUGGGGAAAAAGGUGAUUUAACAUCUGUAAUGACAUGGAAGUAAAAUUUACUACUCUAAGCAGAAUAAAGCUAAG